UAGGAAGUUGCUCGACGGGCCUACGCUGAAGUUGCUCUAAGCUUAACAUCAGACCUGAGAUGGCUCUCGCUAGGAGAGUCUCUCUCUUUCCCCUUCCCGCCAAAUUCCGGACGUUGGCUCCCAAAACGGCGACGUCUCAAGACUUUGAAACUCCGGCGUCGUUUUCAUUCACCUUCAUCCGUCACUACUGUUCGUCUCCUCUCCGUCUAGAUCCGUACUGCUACGACGACCAACACCUCCGUCACGGCCACGACCCGGACUCCUUCUUCGGGUCUCUGAUCGAUGGUUCGACCCGAAAGAGCCAGUUGGGUCAAAUCCAUGCCCAGUUAGUUGUAUUGGGUUUGAUAGACAGUGGCUUUUUGAUCACCAAAUUGGUCAAUGCAAGCUCGAAUCUCGGGUAUAUUUCGUACGCCCGCCAAGUGUUUGAUGAAUUUACUGACCCAGAUGUGUUUCAGUGGAAUGCGAUCAUUAGGUGUUAUUCUAGGCACAAUGUGUUUUCUCAGGCUAUAGAAAUGUAUUCUAGGAUGCAAGUAAUGGGUGUCAGUCCAGAUGGGUUUACUUUUCCUCAUGUGCUUAAAGCUUGCAGUGGCAUGCCGGACCUCGAAAUGGGUCGACGGGUUCAUGGACAGGUGUUUAGACAUGGGUUUGAAUCAGAUGUUUUUGUGCAGAAUGGUCUCGUGGCGUUGUAUGCUAAAUGUAGUCGAAUAGAUCGUGCUAGGGCUGUGUUUGAUGGUUUAGGUGAGAGGACGGUUGUUUCCUGGACUUCGAUGAUUUCGGGGUAUGCCCAGAAUGGCCAGCCUUUGGCUUUGAGAAUUUUUGGUCUGAUGAGAAAUUUGAAUGUGAAACCGGAUUGGAUUGUUCUUGUUAGUGUUCUAAAAGCUUAUACUGAUGUAGAAGACUUGGGACAGGGGACAUCUGUUCAUGGUUGUUUGAUCAAAAUGGGUCUUGAAUCUGAACCUGACUUGCUCAUUGCACUCACGGCAAUGUAUGCAAAAAGUGGGCAGGUGAUGGCUGCCAGAUCGUUUUUUGAUCAGAUGCAAACGCCGAACGUAAUACUGUGGAAUGCUAUGAUAUCUGGUUAUGCGAAGAAUGGUUAUGCUAAUGAGGCUGUAGAGCUAUUCCGGGAGAUGAUCACAAAACAUUUUAGAACAGAUUCAAUAACAAUGAGGUCUGCUAUAUCUGCAUGCGCCCAGGUGGGUUCUCUUGACCUAGCAAAAUGGAUGGACGAUUAUAUCAAUAAAAGUGAGUAUAGGAAUAAUGUUUUUGUUAACACUGCCCUAAUUGAUAUGUAUGCAAAAUGUGGAAGUGUCGAUUUUGCUCGAAUGGUUUUUGAUAGAACGCCUAAUAAAGAUGUUGUGGUGUGGAGUGCAAUGAUCGUGGGAUACGGAUUACAUGGUCGAGCACGAGAAGCCAUUGAUCUUUUCCAUUCUAUGCAGCAGGCAGGAGUGCCACCCAAUGAUGUCACCUUCCUAGGGCUCCUCACUGCAUGCAAUCAUUCAGGCCUUGUUGAGGAAGGAUGGGAGCUGUUCCACCGUAUGUUAAACUGCGGGAUUGAGCCUGGAAACCAACAUUAUUCUUGUGUGGUUGAUCUUCUUGGACGUGCAGGCCGCUUGGAUCAAGCUUACGAUUUUAUCAGAAAGAUGCCAAUUGAACCUGGUAUAAGUGUAUGGGGAGCACUUCUGGGUUCAUGCAAGAUUUAUCGUCAUGUAACUUUGGGAGAAUACGCUGCAGAACAGCUUUUCUCUAUAGAUCCAUAUAAUACAGGGCAUUAUGUUCAACUCUCAAAUCUUUAUGCUUCAGCCCGCUUAUGGGAUCAUGUUGCAAAGGUACGAGUAUUGAUGAGGGAAAAAGGACUGAUAAAGGACCUUGGACAUAGUUUGAUUGAGGUCAAUGGGAAGCUUCAGGCAUUUCAUGUGGGAGACAAGUCUCAUCCACGGUCUAAGGAAAUUUAUGAAGAGCUCGAAAGUCUGGAGAGGAGGUUAAAGGAGGCAGGAUUCAUCCCGAAUACAGAUUCUGUUCUGCAUGAUUUGAAUCAUGAAGAGACAGAAGAGACACUUUGUAAUCACAGCGAGAGGCUGGCAAUUGCUUAUGGCCUCAUCAGCACUGCUCCAGGAACUACACUUCGGAUCACCAAAAAUCUUAGAGCAUGUGUGAAUUGUCAUUCAGCAACCAAGCUAAUAUCGAAGCUUGUCAACAGGGAGAUAGUUGUUAGGGAUGCAAAGCGUUUUCAUCAUUUCAAGGAUGGAUGUUGUUCAUGUGGAGAUUACUGGUAAAAGGGGAAGGCCUGCAGUGAAUCUCUUUUCGGGUUCAGUUUCAGCUUCACACAAGGAUAAAGGCUAGUUCACUGUCCAUCUAAACCCAAAUCCAGUUCUUAGUUGAAGGUGGAAAUGGAAUGGCAGCCUUCGAUCGAUUCAUUUGUCUACUCAGAGUUUACAAGGAUGAUCGCCGAAGCAAUUUACAUUGAAUCAAUAGGGCAUGUGGUAAACUCCCAAAGAAGGGGCCACAGGAAGCAACGCUGGAAGUCGAAGUCUUGAGCUGCAAUCUCUCACAAUGCAUAGAAUCUCAACAAAAUCUCUCACGAUGCUUAUCUAUUACAUUUCAACUAACAAAGAAUUUCAAUCAAAUUUGAUUAAUUUUGUUUUAAAAUAUAAGGGAUAUUCUUAUAGGGUAGUGCUCUCUAUAUACUUAUUUUUA